UUUUCUUUUGCACUGUGUUGAAAUUAUAUAGUACUUUCUCACUUUUUACGUAGACCAUGCCUCCCAGAAAAUACUCGAAGACCUACAAGGUACCCCGCAACCCCUUCGAGAAGGAGCGUCUCGACCACGAGCUUAAGCUCUGCGGUGAGUACGGUCUCCGCAACAAGCGCGAGAUCUGGCGUGUUGCCUACACCCUGUCGAACAUCCGUCGUGCUGCCCGUGAGCUGCUCAAGCUUGACCAGAAGGACGCCCGCCGCCUGUUUGAGGGUAACGCCCUUAUCCGCCGCCUGAUCCGCAUUGGUGUGCUCGAUGAGACCAAGGCCAAGCUCGAUUACGUUCUUGAGCUUACCGUCGAGAACUUCCUUGAGCGCCGUCUCCAGACCCAGGUCUUCAAGCUGGGUCUCGCCAAGUCGAUCCACCACGCCCGUGUCCUGAUCCGUCAGCGCCACAUCCGCGUCGGCAAGCAGGUUGUGAACAUCCCCUCGUUCAUUGUCCGUCUUGACUCCCAGAAGCACAUCGACUUUGCCCUCAACUCGCCCUUCGGUGGAGGCCGCCCCGGCCGUGUUGCCCGCAAGCGCGCUGCUGCCGCUGCCGGCGGUGCCAACGACGACGAGGAGUAAAUCUUUUGAUUUGAUUUGCUUAAAGUUUAGUCACGCCUUUUUUGUGUUGGACCCUGUUGUUUGGGUCCAGUUAAUACACUUCUGUUCACAGUUUCAAA